GGACGGAUCAGCUAUGGAGAGCGGUGCACACAACCGUCCAGAUACGUCUGGUCAAUGGCUCAAACUUCAGAGAUCGUGAGGGGAAUAAAGACCUAGACGGUCUUGAAAGAAAAUGAGAUGUUUUCGAUCGUCCGGGGGGGGCGUGACAGCCUUGUCGAUGGUUGGGAAUGGUAACUGAGCAAAGGUGGCUGCUAUUCGCGUUUCGCGGUUCGAAGCGCAACGCUCCCCAGCGGUCGCACUGAGAUGCUCAACGCUCCCCAAUAUUGCGCGAGACUUCAAAUUGUGUCGCUGCAGCUCAGUAUGUCUGUCUUGCUUGCUCGUUCUUCAUGCAUCAAGCCUGUGGAGUUUUCCUCGCCGGCCAUUUUUGUUUGCUGCUUCGCCCAUCAUGGCACCUUCCUCUGCGCGCACCCCGAACUUCUCACGACCGCUGCCCUCUCCUUACUCAACAGGUGCUCCUCCUACACCGUACAGAGGUUCAAGUCGAGGAGAUGUUAUGAAAGAGCUUCCACCGAGCGGGACAAUGGCAAAUGCACCCAUGGAGAGCCUGACAAAGGAACUGACCCCCAGCAAAGGCCCGUUUGACACAGCGGCGACCAUAAGCCCACAUUCACUUUUGGACAAACUGGCAGAGUCUCCACGAGGGAACCGCGUUGGGAUCGCGACCUCUCCUGGGGUGCGGCAUGGCCGAAAGCUCUCUAAAUUUUCCUUCAAAACUGAGGCUGAUUCCAAUCUUGCCCAUCUUCUUGUCGACGUCGGCGGCUUCGACAAGCCCAUCGUCAAUUUCCGUCCUCAACUCUGGCGCCAUCUGGACAAAGAUCGCCCAAUCCUCAACCUCGACCUGUUCUGGCCGAUCAAGUUGGAUGAGAUCAACGAUGAUGAAGAGGACGAGAACAGCGACGGCGACUCCAAGGGCAUUUUCCCAUUCAAAGACCUGAAGCCUCUACAGAUCUUCCACAAUCUCCACUACCUCCAGUUGAACGGCAUGAUGCGAUCCUAUCAACCCAUCAUCUGGGCCACUUGUUGGGUGAACAAGAACCUCACCAAGCUUCGCCUUGAAAUGGCCCUCGAACCAGAAAUGAAUGAAGACACCAAGCAAAUGUACCGCAAGAUCGACGAGACAUGGUCCUAUAACGGCACCUCCGACCAACAAGUCGAAGCCGAAUACCUAGGCUCUCACGGCAAGGGCAUUCUGCACCAAGAAUUCGGCGACGGAGAGUACCUCGACCAGCAAGCCAUGAAGCAAGCCCAGAUCGACGUGGUUGAGACCCUUCCUCUCGAGAACAUGCGCUACCUUCCCAUAAGCCAUCUCACCCUGAUGAACUUCGCCGUCGACGCUGGCCCGUUCUUCCGCUGGUUCGACCCCAAGAAACUGGUCGAGGUCAACUUCCUCGGACAGUGCAUCGACACCGGCUUCUACUUGCCCGACGACAUGCAGUCCCUCGUCAAAGUCAGCGGCCCCAAGCCCAAGCCACGCCCGCAACCCAUGAUCGCCAGGGUCGUCAAGCCAGGAGAGGUCAAGCUGGUGACGUUGAAGGGCGGGAAGGUGGUUCCCGACGAACCAAGCGGGAGUGGCAAUGCGGCCGGAAAGGGCGUCAAGACCAAGCUGAGCCAGAUGAUUCGCUUGGGCAAGAAAGACUCCAAGGAUACAAAGGAGUCAAGCAAGGAGACUGCGCAGCUAGAGCGCAAUAUGGCCAACAUGGGCCUUUAAACGGGUGGAGAGAAUCGCCCUGGAACGAGAGACAUGAGCAAAUGAAGCAAUGAGCUGUACAAACAAUGAAACAUUGGAGCCGGCGUAAGCCGAACGCUCAAAAAAAUGAAAUGCAGUUAAAC